GUGAGAGAGAGAGAGAGGGAGAGAGAGAGAGAGGGGGGAAACAGAGAGGAAACCAAGAUCCAGGCCUUUCCACAGGGACAACCAGAAAGAAAAAGAUACUUCACGGCAGUUAUCUUUCUCUCCCCUCACUCCCUCUCCCUUUCUCUCUCUCUCUCUCUCUUGCUCAUCAGCCCCACGUCAAUUGAUUUGUGUAUAAACAGCUGGGCGCUUUUUCGCCCCCCUCUCUGCCAGUGUGUUCUGAAUGAUCAGCUGAUGAAGAGACUGAGUGCACGCUGCAAUGCUGGGUUGCUAAUUCUCUCGCCUGCAGACAAGCGGCAGCCUGGAGACCACAGCCAGUCUCAGGCUGUUCUAAAAGGAGUGUCUGAGGAUAUGGAGGAAGAAAGCAGUUUGAAGAAACGAAAAAGUGACCACCAGGGCAACCAGACCUCUGAAACUGGGCAGGAAAUUGUUGAGAAAGUCAAAAAACGGCGUGGUCGACCCCCAGCUGAAAAACUCCCACCAAAUCCCCCAAAACUUACCAAGCAAAUGAACACUCUUGUUGACAUGGUCAUCAACUACAAAGACACGUUGGGUCGCCAGAUCAGUAAAGGUUUUGUUCAGCUGCCAUCUAGGAAAGAGGUACCAGAAUACUACGAGCUUAUUCGCAAGCCUGUGGACUUCCGGAGGAUCCGGGAACGAGUACGUAACCACAAAUACAGGUGCAUUGCAGAUUUGGAGAAAGAUAUCAUACAGAUGUGCCACAAUGCUCAGACUUACAACCUGGAGGGAUCUCAGAUCUUUGAGGAUUCCAUUGUGCUGAAGUCGGUCUUUGAGAGCGCAAGGCAACGGAUAGUAGAAAUCAAUCAAGAGGAUACUGAUGCUGUUGGAGGCAGUGAGGCAGUGUGUGGCAAGCAUUUAAACCUAGAGAUAAAAUCAGAAGCAACAAAAACAAAAUUUGACAAGAGUAGGGAGAGAAGCACCACUGUUCCUGCUAAAUCCAGUGCUAAAGUACAGGGGAUUUACAGUGAUGAGGACAGCACUGAAGACCAGGAGGACAACACAGGCUUGGAGGAUGGCUGAACUACAUCUUCUGGAUAUGAGCUUCAUGGCUCUCUGUCAUCUUGCUAACAUUGGAAAAUGAUAAGCUCAUCAAAUCACUUACAUUUAUGUGAGUUGAUUCAGUGUCCUCAUUGUUCCCAAAUUUGUUCCCAACUUGAUAAUGUGCACAUGAAUGUACUGAGAUAUUGCUAAUGGUAUUAUGGUGUAAUCAAGUUCUACUGCAUUAAAGCCAUAAACAAAAUAUAAAGUCAUAUCUAGAUGCAUACAUAUAUUCCAGGAUGGUAAAUAACUAAGCAAACUAGUCAACAAUAUUUCUUUGCAUUUUGCACUUUUGGAAGCAUGGUAACCUCAGUCUCCGUA